AUGCCAUUAUAUGAAAUCGAGCACAGCAUCCCCCUGGACAAGUCACAGCGCGAUGAGCUUGCCCAGGCCAUCACCCACAUUCACACUCGCAAGUUUGCCACUCCUAGCUUGUUUGUGAACAUUCGCUUCAUAGAUGCCAACAGCCAGCAUAAUUAUGUGGCGGGCAAGGAGCGUGCCAUCAACCGCAUCAUGGCAUAUGUUCGGGCAGGCGGAACACGAACAACGGCCGAUUUCGAUGACCUUUCCCAGCGUGUCUCGGAUGCUUGGGGUAAAGUCGUCAAUAAGAACGGGGAGGAUUCCAAGGAGAGACAACUGAAUGCUGUGUUUGUCUUGGGCGCAAUUACUACAGGCACAGAGAAUGGGUUUCUGUUACCGCGGGCUGGGGAAGAUGCUAGUUGGCUCAAGGCUAAUGCUCCGAAGUUCGAGGAGUUAGCGAAGCAAGGGGAUGGUGAUUUUUCUGAAUUGGUUGAGGAUCUGCGGAGUAGAGAUGAUCUAGCUGUUUGA